UAUUUAUUUAUUCCUUUUUGAUAAAAAUAUGGAAAAAUUAAGGGACUUGAUUGGAUUAAUAGGAAAAACAUUGCGAGCAUAAUGUAUAAAAACGACAAUAAUAUUUCAAUAUAAUAUAAAUACCCUUUUAAGUUUUCAUUUCCAAUUCCAAGUUCCAAACAACUUUCAACUCUAUGAAUCCCAACAACCAUAACUCGGCAAGACGGUUCGUCGGACAACUUAACAAAACUAAGAAGGCGGCGGCGGCUUCGACUCUGCCGCCGCCGGAAAAACCUGAGCGUCUCAACCGAAAGCUUUCCGCUUUGGGAGCGACCGGAGGCAGCUUAUGGAAGACGUUAAACCAUUAUGUCAUGGAGGGAAAUAUCGUCAAGAAAUGCGAGCUUCAGAGCUGCAUUAAGGAGCUCCGCAAGUUCAAAAAAUAUCCUAAAGCUCUCGAGAUAAUGGAGUGGAUGGAGAUGAGGAAGAUUGAUUACUCUUAUACUGAUCAUGCCUUGCGUCUUGAUCUCAUAUCCAAAACCAAAGGGAUAGUUGCUGCUGAGAAUUACUUGAACAACAUCUCACCAUUAGCUAAGAACAAAUUAACUUAUGGGGCUCUUCUGAAUUGCUAUUGUACUGCAGCUAUGGAGGACAAAGCUUUGGAACUCUUUGAGAAGAUGAAUCAAUUGGGGUUUCUUUCAAAUUCUUUGCCUUUUACCAAUCUCAUGACUAUGUACUUGAAACUGGACAAACCUGAAAGAGCUAUCUACUUUGCACAAGAUAUGAAGCAGAAGAACAUCUCUCCUAGCACCUUUACUUGCAACGUUUUGAUGCAGAGUUAUGCUUCUUUAAAUGAUAUUUCAGGAGUGGAAAGCGUGCUAGAGGAGAUUGUAAAUGCAGGUGAAAACAAGUGUGAUUGGACAACGUAUAGUAACUUGGUUUCAAUCUAUGUCAAGGCUGGUCUUUUUGAGAAAGCUAAGCUUGCUCUUGGGAAGCUAGAGGAGAAGAUGAAACCUGGGGCGCCACGUCAGGCAUACCAUUUUAUAAUCGGCUUCUAUGCUGCAAUUGAUCAACCCGGUGAGGUUGAUAGGAUGUGGAAAACCUUGAGUUCUGUUUACCCAACAUUCAACAACUUGAGCUAUCUUGUUAUGCUUCAGGCUCUUGCUAAGCUAAAUGAUGUUGUGGGAUUAAAGAAAUUAUUUAAGGAGUGGGAGUCUAGUUGCCCUUAUUAUGAUAUGAGAUUAGCAGAGGUUGUUAUAGGUGCUUACCUCCAUCAUGACAUGUUUGAAGAAGCGAAGUUGGUCUUUGAGGAUGCCAUAAAGAAAACUAAAGGGCCAUUCUUGAAGGCUCGGGAAAAGUUCAUGCUUUUCCUUUUAAAAAAUCGUCAGCUAGAUUUGGCCCUUGGUUAUUUGGAUGCUGCUGUUUCUGAAGCCAACGAUGUCAAAGAAUGGACUCCAUUCUGGAGAUUAACAAGUGCUUUCCUAAACUAUUUUGAGGAAAAUAAAGAUGUUCAUACUGCUGAAAAAGUUCUCAACAUUCUAAAGCCUUUUCACCGUCUCAAUUCCAAUGAUUACCGAUCUUUGCUAAAGAUUUAUAUAGCCGCUGGAAAAUUCGAUCCAAAGAUGCGUAGAAGGUUGGAGGAAGAUGGUAUUGAAAUAAGGUGCGAGAUUGAGGAGUUGCUUCAAGUAGUUUGCCCCCAACUGGAUUAGUUUGUUUGGCUCUCUAAUCUCGAAAUACAAAGCACUACCAGUGUAUAUUUUUCAAGGUAGCUGUUUAGGCAUCCGAUUCGGUUCGCCUUAGUAUAAGGAAGAAGGAUCAGGAGAGUGGGAAUUUGUGGUGACGUGUCCAGUUAGUAAGGGGAUCAGAAUUGGAGGCCUAACAGUAGCCUUUGAGAACACUGAACUCUAUUCAACAGGUUAUUUUCAUGGAGUCAAAUUUUUUAGCAAUUUGGAUAACAUUUCUUUUUCUUAUUCUAUCUGUUUGCCAAGUUGCCUGACACUAUGUUGGAUAGGGAGGAUGGAGAUGGAUGAAUGGAGAGGUAGAAUCCUUUAAUGGAAAGGAGACUCCCCGAAAUCUAUGCAAUUCAAUCUCUCUAUUGAAAAAAAGACAAUAAAAUAUCUCAAAUAUCAUAAAUAUCUUUCAAAAAAGUAAAAAAAUAUUUAUAUUAAAAAGAAUAAUAUGAUAAUUGUAACAAAAACAACGAAAGCUGCUAUCCUCUUUAUCUUAACCUAGUCUCUCUCUCUCUUGAUAGUGAGCUGUCUUUGUCUUCGUUGCUAAUCAAGUAUGUAUUUCUUGAGAUUGACAUCUAUGUAUAUGGAAGGGACUGUUCGAACUGUGUUAUGAAAAUGUACGUAAUUUGAUUACAGUCUUCACUCAA